UACAAAUGAGAUUGGCGUUAACCGUACAUUCUCUACAUUGUCAUUCUUUUCAGCGUGGUGCUUGUCCUUUGUGAAUUUAACUUAGUGGUUUCCUUGGAAGGUUAACAGUGCGAAAGAGUUACAACGGUAAUUUCUAAUCAUGGGAACAUUGCAGGAAAUAUGCUCUGGUCUACCGUUGGAUACUUUGCCUGCGCCUCGACCUAGGGACGAAUCUUUACCCCAUGCGCCUACAAGAACACCUAGUCUAUUAGUGGAGGAACAACGGGUGGCGUUACAGAAUGCUCUUCGCUACUUCCCUGCCCAAUUUCACGCCGAGUUAGCAUCUGAGUUCGCCGAGGAGCUUCGAGUCUAUGGUCAUAUCUACAUGUACCGAUUCCGACCAACUCUCAACAUGAGAGCUUAUCCCAUAGACCAAUACCCGUCCAAGACACGACAGGCAGCCGCCAUUAUGCACAUGAUAAUGAACAACCUUGACCCUCAUGUGGCACAAUUCCCAGAGGAGCUUGUAACGUACGGUGGAAAUGGACAGGUGUUCUCUAACUGGGCGCAGUUUUUGCUAGUGAUGCACUAUCUAUCUCAGAUGACGGACGAACAAACUUUGGUGAUGUACUCCGGUCAUCCUUUAGGCCUGUUUCCCAGUGCACCGACUGCUCCCAGAGUUGUCAUCACCAACGGAAUGGUAAUCCCAAAUUAUUCAUCUCGGGAUAUGUAUGAAAAGUUGUUUGCUCUUGGUGUCACAAUAUAUGGUCAGAUGACGGCGGGAAGUUACUGUUACAUUGGACCACAAGGCAUUGUCCACGGCACUACGAUCACUGUGCUUAAUGCUGCACGCCGCUAUUUGGGAACAGGGGAUUUGGCUGGAAAGGUGUUUGUGACCUCGGGUCUCGGUGGAAUGAGUGGAGCCCAAGCUAAAGCUUCUGUGAUCUGCGGUUGUAUCGGCGUGGUGGCGGAGGUGAGUAAAGAAGCUUUAGUGAAGCGUCACCGACAAGGCUGGUUAAAGGAAAUCACCGAUAGCCUUGAUGACUGUAUCAGCAUUAUUCGACGAGCUCGUAAGGAUAAGGAAACUCUGAGUCUGGGGUAUCAUGGCAACGUUGUGGAUCUUUGGCAACGAUUGGUCUGUGAAUAUGAUAACACAGGAGAUGUGCUUGUAGAUCUGGGGUCAGAUCAAACAUCCUGUCACAAUCCCUUCUUAGGAGGCUAUUACCCAGUGCAGCUAUCAUAUGAUGAAGCCAGAGAAAUGAUGAAAGCGAAUCCCAUGAAGUUCAAGAACUUGGUUCAAGACAGCCUAAGACGACAUGUGGCAGCGAUUAACAGAUUGGCAGAAGUUGGCUUGUACUUUUGGGAUUACGGGAAUGCAUUUUUAUUGGAAGCUAGCAGAGCGGGCGCUGAUGUGGGAAAAGUGGAUGACAUGCGUGGGACCCGCUUUCGCUAUCCAUCAUACGUUCAAGACAUCAUGGGCGAUAUUUUCUCGCUGGGGUUCGGACCUUUUAGAUGGAUUUGUACUUCCGGAGAUUCCUCAGACUUAGAGACAACUGACAGGAUUGCAGAAAACGUGAUGAACAACAUAAUAGAAAAAGGAGUUCCCGAUUCAACCAGACAGCAAUACACUGACAACAUACGCUGGAUAAAACAAGCUGGCGGUCAUCAAAUGGUUGUUGGGUCACAAGCACGGAUCCUGUAUGCCGAUAUGAACGGGCGAUCGGCAAUUGCAGUUGCUUUUAAUAAAGCCAUAAAAGAUGGGACCAUCAAGGCCCCCGUCGUCAUCAGCAGAGACCAUCAUGAUGUAAGCGGCACCGAUAGUCCCUACAGAGAGACAUCCAAUAUCUAUGACGGUUCGGCAUUUUGUGCAGAUAUGGCAGUGCAAAAUGUGAUUGGUGACAGCUUUAGGGGAGCCACAUGGGUUGCUCUUCACAACGGCGGAGGAGUCGGGUGGGGAGAAGUAAUCAAUGGUGGCUUCGGUCUUGUUCUAGACGGAACUGAGGAGGCGAGCAAGCGGGCUCGAUCUAUGCUUGAUUGGGAUGUUUCUAAUGGGGUUGCCAGACGGUGCUGGGCAGGAAAUCAGAAUGCGAAGGAUAUAAUUUGUGCAGCUAUGUCCUCGAAUCCGAAACUUCAAGUCACCGUUCCACACCACGUGAAUAACGACAGCAUACUGGACAAUGCUCUGCGAGUGUAGAUGUAACUUCUUAUAACAUAAAUUAUGUGGCCAGGUAUUAUCACAUUAAUCUUCUCACCUAUGUUGGAAACUUGUAAAAGUUUCUCUUAUCCUCUUUCGAAGACCAUGUACACAUUUGGCAAUUUUCUGGUUAGAUGAAGUCCCUUUUUCAUUCUGCUUAGUAAACCCUGUAAGACAGUAAUAAAUUUUCAAAUAAAUAAUUGAAGAUUGUCGAAUAAUUGUUAAGAUUGUGUGAUACCAUAAACGUGUGUUCGGAAGCUCUGUAUUUAAAAUCUGAAAAAAUUAAUACCUUGUUAUACCUAACUCAACAUAUCUCUGCUGGUAUUUAUAAUUUUGUACCAUGUUUUCAUAUUAUGUACGUAAACAUCCAUGUGCCAGUUCUGUUAAUAAGUAGCCUUGAUUCUCGAGGAAUUUCGAAAUUUUUUUACACAUGCGUAUCACUGAAUUUCAAAAUAUACAAUCCAUUUUUGUUUUACAAAGUUGCUCUUAAACGUAUAUGUAAAAUCGUGUGUAAUGCAAAAUAACAGAAUAGGGUGUGAUAUUCAAUGUUCCUGAGAAUUGCAACUCAUAUAGUUAUGGCUGUUUCAUGGAUAUUACUAAAAUACGUUUUAAACGGUUAUUUGCGUUUAACUUUGAAUGAUAUCGUAAGCUCUUCUUAACGCCAGACGUAAGCGUCAAACUCGAUGUUUGUACACAGCUUGUUGUCACAGAAUAGAGGGCGUUUCAUGCUUUAGCAUUGUCUAAUGUCAAGAUAUUUCUCGUAUAGUUUCCUGAUUAUUCGUAUAGUUUCCUUUAUUAUAAACAAUUGUCUAUUGUGAAUAAGAAGCAUCGAGCUUUAAAGAAGUUACUUUUGAGGAGUUUCAGAAUAUAAUGUUAUUUAUAUGAAAAAGAUGGGUCGAGCAGACAGGGACAAAGGUUGGAGAUUUCUACAUUUCAGUCACAUGUGGCAAAGUUAGCUUGUAACUUAAAAAAGGCAGACUCUUUAGCCCGGGGACACCCCCGAUAUUAAAGCUUGUGGCCAUCUUAUAAGUGAAAUAUUCUUGAUUACC